AUGCAACGAAAGAGAAUUAAAGCUGAAAUAGAGAAAGAGAAACAACUAAAGAGAAAGAGAAUUAAAGCUGAAAUAGAGAAAGAGAAACAACUAAAGAGAAAGAGGAGAGAAGAUAAAGAUGAUGAAUUGUACAAUCCAUCUCCUGAACAUGUUAUAGAAUCUCAAACGCCUCCAUCAUCUGGUGGUAGGAAGAAAGCUAGUGCGAGAAAGCGUGUGAUGUCUCCUAAAGCAAUAAGAAGAAAGUUGGUAGUCAAGAUACCAAAACCAAAACCAACUACACCACCAAAACAACCUACUCCACCACCAUCCCCUCCUCCACAAACUGAACAACAUCCAUCAGCACCACCACAUCAAUCACCACUACAUUUAUCACCAUUACAUCAAUCACCACCACAUUUAUCACCACCACAUCAAACACCAAUCCAAGAACAACCUGUUUUCACUUCACAACAAAUCUUUAAAACACCCCCAUCUACACAACCACCUGUUCAAACCACACCUGGAUCUUCUGGAUACAGAGACUUUCCUCAUAUUCCAGUGAAUAUUCCUCUGGAUGAUAUUGGUGAUUUUAACUUUCCAAGUGAUGAGCAAGUAAGAAGGUUAGAAAAGAAAGUUGAAGAAGUGUUGGUUGAAAGCAAGAAGUUGGUAGACCGUGAGAAGAAACUGGAAAAGCGUGUUAAGUCUGUGGAAGUUGAAAAUUCUUCAUUAUUAAAGAAAGUUGAAGCUGAUCAGGCUGAAAUUGAUAUUCUUAAAGUGAAAGUUGCUGAGUUGGAAGAAGAGAAAGUACGCAGAGAUGAGCAGAACAAAUAUUUCAAGUUAAAGAAUAAAGAAUUAGAAGCUGCCAAUGCGAAGAAAGAUCAUGAGAUGUUUAUGAUAAACAAAGUGUUAGAAAAUGUGAUUGGAACAUCUAUUGAACAAAAAUUUGAAGAAAUUCAAGUUGAAGAAGUUAGAGCUAGACGUCAAGCUGCUAUUGAUGCUAAGAUGAAGAAUAAAGGAAAGGGUGUUGAAGGUGUUUCUGAAAGAGCAAUUGUUCCAUCUAUUGUUUCUGAAUCACCUGUUCAGAAUCCUCGUCCGAUAUCUGCAGUGUCUGAUGAUGAUGAUGAAGAUAAGGCAGAUGAUGCAGACGAUGUAUUCUCUGCUAGUAGUCAUAGUGAUGAUGAUGAUGACGAUGGUCAAGGAGGUACAAGUGUUAAAGUCACAGAAGUAUCUAAUGAAGAGAAUGUCGAUGAUUAUCUUCAUGACGAUGUGAAUGAAGAGCCUGAGGAUGCUAAAGGUGAGGGGGAGAACGUGGAUGAUCAAAAUGUUGAAAGUGAAAGAUUGAUUUUGCGUCUAGAGCCUGAUGUAGAGGAAGGUGAAAUCAGGCAUACUUAUACGAUGAAUGAGAUUAUCGAGAUGACGCGUAUUGAUGAUCCUAAUUUCAAGUUUGACUUUGAAGAUGAAUUGAAUGCUUUUGAUAUCAACCAACAGCCAGAUUAUCAGUACAAGUAUGUAGAAGAGGCUGACAACUAUGAUAGGGUUGAGGUUGAAGACUGCAGCGAUGAAGAGAACGUGAAUGUAGAUACUUCCAACUUUCCAAUGCUUGUUGAGUUUUUCAGUCAAGAAAACAUCGAUGAAUUGAGAAGGAAAGUGGAAGAAUGCUUGAAAGAUAAGAAUUUUGAUGGUACAACAAAAGAUACACAACGCGAAGAACGCUAG